GUACAUGUAUGAAAUGGUGAACAAAAGGAGGUUUCAGCCUUGUCAAGCCCUUUUAGGGGAUGACGAUGGAGCCGACGCGGGCAAAGUAUUGGCGCGUGUUAAGGGCCGGUGCAGGUACAGUAAACAGACAACACGAUUAUUUGCAACCACCACGGUUUCUUAAACCGCAGCCUUCCCAUACUGCUGCUGAGCGGCAUCUGGGGAAUGGCAGAGCCUUGGUUCCCAAAAGCUUCGUUUCCUUCUCUCCUGGCUUAGAGUCUUACACGGUAUAUCCUACUAUUCUGCGGCAAUGCCUCGGGGCCCUCGUACUGGUGGAAGAAACCCACAAGCCCAGCAUGCUCGCGAUACCGUUGGCGAGACAGGCACGACAACUCCGACCCGUCCAACUACCACGAAUGCACUUACAGCUGCAAUUCCUCCGUUUAUGCUAGACACUCCACCGCACGCUCCUUUCCUGACAACUCCAAUCCCUCCAUCCAAUAACCCAGGCAACUCGAUCGUGCCCGAAGCGAACGCCCCCCGACGUCAACACGGUCGACAUCAUCAGACCCCAAUCGAUCAAGAACCUACGCAAAACGAAGCACCUGAACAAUCCCAGGUCUCACAUAAUGCAUUGGGCUCGGCAGCGUCCGAGCAGGUGGACGAACAAUCAUACUUGGAGUCCGUUCACCAUGAGGUUGAAGAUGCAAAACAACUGAAGGGCUUGAGAGACAUCUCGUCGCUUGCGACAUGGACAUUGUCCUCGGCCAAACCUGGCUGUGCUCUACCACAGCUACGGAACCCCAGUCCUACAUUGUUCUGGCAGAGUGAUGGACCACAACCACAUACCUUGACGUUACACUUUUUCAAGCUGGUUGCUAUCGUCAAGAUGAGGAUAUACUUGGAUUUUGAGCUGGAUGAGUCUUACACGCCGACUAAGAUGAAGUUCUUUGCAGGCAUGUCUGAGGGUGCAUUAGUCGAGUUCGGCUCAUGGGAGGUCGUGGAGACUACGGACCCAGAGACGGGGGAGACGCAUAGUAGCAUUGAAGGAGUGCGAGGCUGGAUUGACGUACCAUUGAAAGGCGUGGGAGGAAGGGAGACGCGAUAUCACGACGAUGAAGACAUGCUUGCUAACGGAGGGUCCGACGACCGGUUAGACAGGAUAGAAUCUCUGGGAGGAGAUGUACUGAAAGCCAUGGUGGUUCAAGUCCGGAUUUGUGAGAACCAUCAAAACGGCAAGGACACGCACGUGCGAGGAUUCCAGGUGUUUGCGAGAGAUCAUACCACUCCUAAUGCGGUCAAAACAAGAGCUAAGACCAGAGGAAGCGAAGAGACGGCCGAUGGAGAAGAAGACGCGGAGGAAGUUGUUGGGCUGCAACUGGCAGACUGGAUGGGCGAACCCGAGAUUCGGUAGACAUGAAUGAGUCUGAUCACUGCUAUCGAAUGCAGCUAUCAUCAGGGGGAGUAUCCGAUCUCCACGUAUGUUAGCACGACCGCUUGGGCUGAGCUGUGAAUAUGAAUAGGACUGGGAUCAGAGGCUACGGCAUUCGAGUGAGAUUCUGAACAGUUGCUAUCUGGCGCAUGCUAAGGAGGAUCGAGCGACGGCAUUGUUUGUGACACGGCGAUCGCCAGUUGUGAUGAGAUCGUUGGCGUUCCGAGUCUUCACUAAACCCGUACCGCAACUGUCUUCUUUCACUUUUUCAUCCCAACUUCCUCACCAAACCACUCCUACAGCGACCCUGCAAAACAAUGCGCACCUUUCCGUUGUCUGUGCUGGUCAUUCUCAGU